UAAUGAUUAAGGUUUUCGAUGACAUUUUUCGGGACAAGUUGUGUAACAACUUGGGAUAAAAACUAAACUUUCAUAAAUUUUAACAAUGCUGUCUUACAAAUAUUACGAUACGCCUGAGGGCCAUGACAUUUUUAAAAAAGUAUUUGUAACAUCAAAAUAUGCAGGGAUGGCGGGGCUAGGAGUGGCGACUUUCGAUGUUCUGAUGUACUCUCAUCCUAAAGGGCUUUUCAACACAGCCUACAGAUAUGCAUUUUUUUUGGGUCCUAUGGUGGGAAUGGCCGCUGCUUUCACGGUAACCGCAAAUACAGCACAGAAUAUUAGAGAAAAGAAUGAUGUUUGGAAUUAUUUCCUUGGUGGCGUUGCGUCUGGCACCGUAUUUGGUGCUUGGAAAAAGUCGAUAGUCGUAGCAGUUCCAGUGUGCCUAGCUCUCGGAGCCAUCGGAAUGAUAAAGAAGACGGCAAUUGAUGAGAACUGGACUUUAGUCCCUGAGAUAACUUCGGCUCCCAAGUCUAUCAAAUCUGUUCAUCAUGACUGGACUCUAGUGAAAGAUGUCGAUGAACUGAAAACCUGGACAGCUGGUUCCAAGUAAUCUCUCACAAGCAGUACUAGUUUGAAUAGCCUGUAAAUACAAUCAACAUCUUUAUUUAAUUAUUAUGGAAAUAUAAGUAUAAUUCGAUA